AUGGCAAAGAUCUGGGAAAUAGGGAAAGGCGCCCAGCAUGCUGAGCAUUCUAGCUCACCUGUUCAAGUCGAUGUUGACGAGGCUGCUGAAUUGGCCAAUGAUGUUGGGAACUUGAAGCCCUCGCUUUGGACCCUGAGCAUGAUUCGCUUGUAUGGUUGCUUGUUGAUUGGAUACCUCUGUGCGACGGUGAACGGCUUCGACGGUGCUGUCAUGGGUGGAAUCAAUGCCAUGACUUCUUACCAAGACUAUUUCCAUAUGGUAAGCGCGUCCUCCAGCACCGGUAUCAUAUUCGCCAUAUACAGCAUAGGUACUGCGUGUGCGGUCCCAUUUGUUGGCCCCGUUAGUGAUCGCUGGGGAAGACGAGCUGGUAUGUUCGUUGGUGCAAUCAUCAUCAUGCUUGGGACAGUGAUUGCCUCUCGAGCAAUCAAUCAUGGAAUGUUUUUAGGUGGGCGUUUCGUCCUAGGAUUCGGCGUCUGCUUUGUCAACGUCAAUGGACCGGUAUAUGUUGGUGAGAUGGCCCAUCCCGCCUGGCGUGGUCCUCUGUCCGGCCUUUAUAAUUGUUUCUGGUAUAUCGGAUCUAUUGUUGCGGCCUGGGUGGUAUACGGAACGAAAAGCCAGCCGGAUGGAUGGCGCACCCCUCUGUACUGCCAAUUUAUCGCAAGUGGCAUCAUUUAUCUGGCCGUCUGGUUCUUACCUGAGUCCCCUCGAUGGCUCGUGAGCCAUGGCCGAACCGAAUCAGCACGGAAUGUUCUUGCAAGGUAUCACGGCGAAGGUAGCCCGGAGCACCCCUUCGUCAAGCUUCAGAUGGCCGAAAUGGAGCUCCAGAUCUCAACGGAGGGAUCGGAUAAGAAGUGGUGGGACUACCGAGAGUUGUGGAAGACUAGAUCUCACCGGCAUCGCCUAAUCUGUGUUCUCUCGAUGGCUUUAUUCGGUCAAUGGUCUGGCAACUCAUCCACCAGCUAUUAUCUUCCCGUCAUGCUCGAGAACGCAGGUAUCACCUCAGAGAGCCGGAAGCUUCUGCUUAAUGGUAUCAAUGCACCUCUCUGCUUCGUUGCUUCGGUCACAGGAACAAUUUUCCUUGACAAGGCCGGUAGACGUCCACUCCUCAUGAGCAGUCUCAUACUCUGCAUCGCCUUUCUCGCCAUUUUGACGCCUCUUUCGAAGAUCGCAGCUGAGCACCCAGAACAAGGGUCAACAGCGAAUGCAAGCAUUGCAUUUAUUUACCUCUUCGGUAUUACAUUCUCGUUCGCGUGGACUCCGUUGUCUCCUAUGUACGUUGUUGAGUGUCUCGACACCAACACACGUGCGAAGGGAAAGGCCCUGGCUCAGUUCUUCACAGCCUGUGCCUCUGCCAUCAUCCAGUACGGCUCCGGUCCGGCUUUUGAGAACAUUAAAUAUUACUUUUAUAUUGUCUUUAUCGGCUGGGAUCUGUUUGAGGUGGUUUUCAUCUACUUCUUUUGGCCGGAGACGAAAGGCAGGACCUUGGAAGAGCUCGACGAGGUGUUCCAGGCAGCCAAUCCUGUCAAGCGGAGUCUCGAGGCUAAGGAUCUUCAAACUGUGCUUAAUACUCUUCAUGUCGGGGAUAAGCAUUCGGAUGCUUGA